ACUUUAUGUCAUCCAAAAUCCGUUAACUUCUUCGCAAUUUCAUCUCCACAUUUCUCUCAAACAUCGUGGCACUGGCAUCUACGGCGUUUGCUUUACUCCUUUCUCAGUCUCCAUUCUUCCAAAAUCGGGUGAAAUCGUGCCUUUUUCAUCCUCGGAUUUAAAGCUUUUACGUCAACAAAUUAUAGUUCAGUUAGUACUGAAGUAAAAGCUAGGGUUUUGUAACUUGAUUCGUCUUCAGAAUGACUCUCAGGGGAGCAGAUUUUAAGUGGUAUGAUGGGUUUUUCCUAGCGAUGCUUGCCACUAGCAUAAUUAUCAUUGCGAUCAAUUGGAACCAUUACCAUCUCUGUACGCACCCAUUGCACAUAUGGAUUGUGGUCGAUUACUCUACUGUUUUUGUGUUCCGGCUCUUGAUGUUUGUGGACAAUGGACUUGCUUCAGGAUUGGGAUUGGAUUUUGGGCGACAACAGAGACAUGCUCGUUUUUGUGGAAGAGUGGUGGUUCUCUCCAUUCUUUGUGUAUUGCUUUAUCCUUUCCUCUGGGCAUGGACCAUUAUUGGAUCUCUAUGGUUUAGUAGUGCAAGAGAUUGUUUGCCUGAAGAAGGUCAGAAAUGGGGUUUCCUUAUAUGGUUGCUUUUCAGCUACUGUGGACUCAUCUGCCUUGCUGGAAUGUCCAUGAAAACCUGGUUAAGAAGAAGACAAGCUCAUUCUUUACGUGCUCAACAAGGGAUUCCUCUUUCAGAAUAUGGGGUUUUGGUUGAUAUGAUUCGUGUACCUGAUUGGGCAUUUGAAACUGCUGCUGGCCAAGAAAUGAGAGGUAUGGGUCAAGAUGCAGCUUCAUAUCAUCCAGGACUUUACUUGACUGAACCCCAGAGAGAAGCAGUGGAAGCACUAAUCCAAGAGCUUCCAAAGUUCAUGCUGAAAGCCGUUCCCACCGAUUGUAGCGAGUGUCCAAUUUGUUUGGAAGAGUUCCAUGUAGGCAACGAGGUGCGUGGGCUUCCAUGUGCUCAUAACUUCCAUGUGGGAUGCAUUGAUGAAUGGCUUAGAUUAAAUGUGAAAUGCCCUCGAUGCAGAUCUUCUGUAUUUCCAAAUCUUGACCUAAAUGCCCUUCCCACCAUCCCUGCUGACCCCGAUGGGUCAACUGUUGCAACCACCCGUUACAUGAGGAGGAGUGAGCCGUCUAGCCAGAGUUAUUUGUUGCGAAUGCAAGGUUUUUUGCGACCGAUUCGCAUGGGAAACGCGGAUUCCGGUUCCGAUAGUGCAUUGGAAACAGCAGAAAAUGGAGGUGUGUCAUCUGAUGAUAGUCGGAAUCGGAAUCGGAAUGAUAACUCUUGCUAAUAAGUUGAGUCUUAAAGAUUGGGUCAUUAACAAUGUAGGUGGUUAGAAACUGCAAAUAUAUAUUAUAUAUGUAUUAACAAGAAAUCACUUUUGGAGGAAACUCGUUUGAAAUGAAUAGACUUGUAAACAUCUUUUUUUUGGGGGGGUGUUUAACUAGAAAAUGGAGGUGUG